UCGUGACCAAGCGUCUUCUGAGCAAGCGACAACUUGUAUUUAUAAGGUCCCUGAGGAGCUUCGUACACUAAAAGAGAGUGCGUAUAAACCGCGUGUUGUUUCUAUCGGACCAAUUCACAGCAAUGACAAACGUCUUGAUGCAAUGGAGCAGAUCAAAUUGAGUUACAAAGAAUCAUUUUGUUCCAAGUACAUGUCCGAAACACAAAAGCAACGCUGUUUGACUGCCAUGGAACAACCUCAAUUUGAAGCCAGUGUAAGAAAGUGCUAUGCAGACAAAAUUGAACUCACAAAAAAAGAAAACCAGCAGAAUGGUUCUUCUAAAAUCCUAGCUCAGAUGAUGUUUAAUGAUGGUUGCUUCAUAAUUGAACUUCUGUUCAGGUCCUACUUGGCCAAAAAAGAACCUGAAAAAGCAAAAGAAAAGAAAAAGAAAAACAAUGGUGACCCAAUUUUCGACAGCCCCAUAAGGCUCCGUGCCAUCCGACAUGACUUGCUACUGCUAGAGAACCAGAUUCCCUUCUUUGUUCUUGAAAAAUUGUUGAAGUUUGCUGUGCCAAGUAUCCCAGAUCCUUCUUUAAACAAACGUUAUCUUAUUCGGUGUGUGCUUUCAUUCUUUGGCAAUCUUUUCAGACACGGAGAUGAUACACUUGAAAAGAAGGGUGACCCCCAUGAUUAUCAUAUCCUCGAUGUUUUACACAAGUGCUACCUUCCUGAUCCUUCACCGGAAGAGGAAAACGAUAAAACCAGAUCCAGAUUCCCAUCUGCAUCAGAACUUGACUUGGCAGGAGUACAAUUCAAGAAUCGUGAUGGAGAAGACCUAUUCGACGUUGAAUUCGUUAAACCUCCAGGCCCUUUAGGGUACUGUCGUAGAGCUCAGUUUGAAAUACCUACUUUGUCAAUUCGCGACGACACUGAGCCAUUAUUACGAAACCUCAUUGCUUUCGAGCAAUGUUGCCCUAAUGUUCCACGUCACAUCUCUUCGUAUGGCUUCUUUAUGGAUACACUCAUCAACUCUGCUCACGAUGUUGAACUGCUUGAAAAGGCUGAAAUCCUACAAAACUAUUUGGGUACCAGCCAAGACAUCGCAGAUCUCUUCAACAACAUCUGCAAGGAAGUUGUCGUGGGAAGGUUCUAUUUUGAAAAAGCAUGUGAGGACGCUCGCAAUCACUGUCGCAAACUGUGUCCAAGAUUUAUGGCAUCGCUCAGACGCGAUUACUUUGCUAAUCCAUGGACAGGCAUAGCUGUUGUUGCUGCCAUUAUCAUAUUUGGCCUCACAGUCGUGCAAGCAAUUUACACAGUCCGAGCCUAUUACAAGAAGAAAUGAGUGUCUGGAUAAUCAGUACUAUUUAGCAAAUAUUUAGUGAUUAUAUGUUUGUAUGUAUGAAUAAUAAUCCUGUAGCUAAAAUUAAAUGGAGUUGUUUUCACGAAGAAAUGGCUCAUGUAUAUGUUUCUCAUCUUGGAGUGAUGGAGGGGCUGGCAUAGCGGGGAAAUAUUGGGGUAUUAGGGGCAGUGCAAGAUGGGAUUUAGGGUUUGAAUGAUUAAGAAUAGUAGUUGAAUUUGAAUUUCAUGAUAGAAUGAAGUUAUAACAAUAUGGGAGUGUAAAGAAUAAAUAUGGUUGUUAUUAACAACCACCUUGCCUUGUUCCUAUUAUUAGGAGUGUGUAUAAUAAUAUUUGCCUUCAAGUUUUUAUGAUU